GUGAAAUUCCCGCUCAAAGGAACCUAUUUGCAGUUUCUAUUACCAAUGAAAUUACUCUCGGUUCGCAACUCAGGAGUGCAAUUUAUAAGAUAAAGGAAAAUACCUUUACCAAUGUUGACGAAAACAAUCUCAUAUUAUGGAAAGUCAAUAUUCCCAUCAACAUAGAAAAUAUGAGUAAACUUGACGAAGCGUCUUGUUCGUCUCGUGAAGUUAAUAUCGGAAGAGAUUUCGGAGGCGAAGAGUUGUUUCCAGCAGACGAAAUUCCAGAAGACUACCUGCCUUCCACACGAACGAUCUCCCAAGUAGAGGUAGAAGUUCAAGAUCUACUUAAAACGUAUUCUCAGGAACUAGAAAAAGUUGUGACAAACACAUAUGAUCCUUAUUCGUAUUUCAAGGCACCAGAUGAACAUCCUCACAAAAACAUAAUUGAUGAAAGAAAAAUUCCGAUGCUUAAUGAUAGUCCUAAUUUGCUUCUGUACAAUCUCCCUGGGCGGAAUGAAGAAUUCCUUACUAGUUAUGAAGAUUUCUUGCGCAUUGAACAUAAUGCUAUAUCUAAUAGUAUGACAAUUAUUAUGGGAACCUCUGGCUGUGGCAAAACUCGCCUAUGUUUGGAACUUUUAUGUCGCGACUAUGGCCUGUACUUUGUUACUGAAUCAUGGAAUCUUGGAUCUGACGACUUAGAACUUGCAACAGAGUGGACGAAGGAAAAAAUCAAUGUAAAACCUGAACCUGAACCUGACGAAGCAAAAAAUAUUGCAGAGUGUGGAAUAUGGAGUUGCAUCACAGGAAGAUUAUUCUUGCUUAACUAUCUCUUUUGUAUGGCUAAGGAACAUGACUGUACAAUGGAGCCCAAAUCUUGGUUAAUCUUCCAGCUUAGUAAUCAACUUAUCAGUAAACUAUCUAUAAGGUUUCGAGAAUCUUGUGAUGUGAUACACCUUAAAGAAUAUUGUCUUAAUAUUAUGGCAGAUAUUAAUAGAAAACUAAAGAGCAACAUCUUUCCAAUAAUUUAUGACGAGGCCCAAAUUCACACCUCAUGCUUAGCAAAUAAAUUUCCAUCUUAUAAUGACAAAAGUAUAAUGAGACCAUUUUUUACUGUAGCUGUUAAGACUAUGUCAACUUUACGCCAGGUAUGUGCGGAAGUAGUCAUUUGUAUAACUGGAUCUGGUUUAUCACUAUUGGAAGCAAAAGAUCUAGCAUCAUCUAACGUGGCAAAGGAAGGAUCCCUUAUUCCAACUUUUAGUCAAUUUGGCCAAAUUAAAACCUCGGAAGAAAUACUUAAACUGACACAUAGUAUAUUGCCACUUGAAGAAAAAUAUGCGUCAAUUGCAAUUAGAUGGCUAAAGGGUCGAUAUCGUUUUACUUGGACAUGGAUACACUAUCUUCUUAUGUCUUAUAAUCCCGAAGAACAACUUAAAAUACUAAAAGAACGUCUUACAACUAAUUACAUAAUUCAACGAAAUCCAAGAUAUAGUCUUUACUCUGGACUUGUAAGACUUAUGCAUCAUCCUAGUGAGCGACAUUCUUAUAUUAACCAUGAGUCUAUAUUUGAACUUUUAAAACAAGCUAUUAUUUAUUAUGCAAUGACGGGAAGGCCGUAUUUAUAUAAAAAUACCAAAGAAAUAGAUAUUAUGUCUAUUGGCUUUGCCCACCUCGAGACUCAAGAAUUAACUGGGAUCAUUGAUGAACCUCUUGCGAUUCAAGCAGGAAUCAACUAUUUUAAUAAUACUAAAAUAGACAACAUGUGGUUUAAUGUAAUGUCACAAGUCAAUUUUAAUGCGAGCAUGGCAGGAUUUAUUUGGGAGAAGUGUGUUACAAAUUUAUUGCAUAACAUUAUUUUUAAAAGUAACAUACCUUUAUCCUCGCACAAAAAACUAUUCCCUGGUAACAGUCAUCGUUAUCUUCCUGUUGAUUUUGUGAAUUCACCUGAGCUGUUACCAUCUGGUAAAAAUCGUGUAGGCGUGAUAUCUGUAGAACUUUCUGCACCUGAAGAAUAUAUUAAGUGGCUUCAUAUAGUGUCAUCAUGGGAGAAGACUGGAAAUGUUUCUGAUGGGUUUUGCCCAAUAUGUUAUCCACCAAACACAGCAGGCCCUGAUAUCUCAAUUGCUUUUUUCUUUCCGAAAGGAGAAAAAAGGGAAGCUUAUAUUCUAAAUACUCAGGUCAAGUUAAGAAAUAAUGUUGAGCUAAAGAAGGCAUGUAAAACUGUUGAUCCGAAUACAAUGUUUACAGACAAAAACUCGAACCCCAAUCCUUUUCAGUUUUAUAAUGAAUUGCAUGAAAUCUAUGAACGACAAAAAUGGAGUAACCGCAACAUACAGAUGAUUGUCGCCUAUCCUUGUCAUUUUAAAAGAAAAAGGGAUUAUCAAAAAACACCCGGUGCAUCAAAAAGGAUACCAAGAUUGAUUAUUGAUGAAAAUAAUGCAGACACAUUGAUUUCUAAUGAUUGUCAAAAUUGGAUUAAAGUUUUAAAACAAGAACAGGGAUCCGAAGUUGAUUGGGAAUGUAGUGAUAUUGAAAUUUCUGAGGAUGAAGAAUAG